AUGGAAGAAUGUCAGAAGAAAGAAUUAAUUUUAUAUCGAGCAGCAUGUGCUUAUUACAAAAAGGAUUUUCAUCGUUCAUCUUCAGAGUUUGAAAAGUUGGCGAACAUUACUUCUUGUAAAAAUGAUCAUAGUUCAUUUUCACUAACUGAUUCGGUUAUACGCUCUUUAUUGAAGGCAGAUUUUGUAGAUCAUAAAAAUGUACUGAAAAUGCUUGAACAUAGUCUAUCGUCUUCAGUUUGUACGUAUGGCGGACAACUUCAGUAUUGGUCUCUGUACCUUCAGGUAUAUCAAAAGGUAAAGUUAUUUGAUAAGACUCAUUUUCGAAUUAACGUUUUAUUGUGCGCCGUUGUUGGUUUACCAGAACAUUGGAUUGCUUUAGCUGAAUUUGGAUCAGAGCAGUCUUCAUUUUAUUGGGGAUGUUAUUGUCGUGCCUUAUAUUUAUUGCAACUGCAAACUAUGAAUUGCCAAGGAUUCAUGCGGGAAAUAAGUGAGAAAAAAUUAUCGGAAAUACAAAAAAAAUUUUCACGUAGCACAUGCGAGUCAUUCAUUGUAAAGGAAUGCAUGAAAAGGAUGAAGGAAAAUAAUUUCAAUAAUGAAUCAACUUCUCUAAUUGAUCCAAAAAUGAAAUGUCUUUAUAAAGAUGAUAAGGAGCAAGAACGAAUAAUUAAUGAUUUUGUCGAACGAUAUUCGUGGUUAUUUGAAAACGAUUCGCAUUUAUUAGAUAUGUUAAAAUUUGAUGAGCGAUAA